AUGAAUAUUACACCGAGAAUUGGUAGAGAAAAUAUGUGUUCAACACAUCAGGAUAGAAAACUAGAGCUAUUCUGUAACGAUCACGAAGAGCCAUGCUGCGCAAUGUGUGUCAGUACGGUACACAGAACAUGCGAAAGUGUUGAUGCUAUACAGAAAACUGCUGAGACUCUCAUAGAGAUUCUUAGUCAUAAUUUCGACAGCCUGUCAGAAGACAUACACAUUCUUGAAAACAAAUUAGUAGAUGCAAAGAAGGAACAAGAAAGGUUCGUUACAGAAAUGGAUGCUAAAGCAGACCAGAUUACAGAAAAUACCACGAGAGAAAUUCGCGUUGCUAUUAAUCACUUGCAGUAUCUGAAAAAUGAGUAUCUAACGAAAAUGCCUACUGCUGGAAAGAGAAAUAAGGAAAAAUACUAA